AUGCGCUGUCGUGCAAUCUCCUUCAUUGUGUGGUCCACUUUGGUCUGGAAUGUCCUCACAGCCGAUCAGUUGGAGUAUCGUAUCCAAAACGGAUUUAUUGCUAGCCCCGGUGAAUUCCCCAGUGUGGUACUACUCACCGGCAAACAGCAUCGAUGCACAGGCACAUUGGUUGGACCGAACAAAAUUCUCACGGCUGGACAUUGUGCUUGUGGAGACACGAUGACUGACGCAUACGCUAACGUGACAAGUGUCUCGGAGCGUUUUGAUCCGACAGCCUAUCAUCGACGAAUUCUGGGCAUAGCAUACCCAGUCUCUUACGCCCAGUCGUGUGAACAAUUGUUCCAUGGUAACGAUCAGUACCAAAACGUGCUCGGUGGCACAUCAGACAUUGCCAUUCUUACCACAGACGAUCCAUUCCCUUAUAUCCCGGGGGCGGUUGAAUUCGAACAAUUGGAUCUCAGUUCCGAGUCGAAUUUCUCGAAACUUUUGAAUGAAGUGGUCCAGGCAGAUGCGUUGGUGCUUGGAUUCGGCAAAGAAGCUCACUCACAAACUACCGGAGUUUUGCGAUUUGGUAAGCCUCAUUGGACCCCAUCUGUUGAUUUGUUUUAUACAUUUUUUCCAUAUGUGCAUCGAUACUCAUCCGGAAACAUCCGGUUCACUUUGAACCGCCCUUUGAGUCCCCCGAUGAGCGGGGGGCUGUAUAUAUCAAUUAGUUUACCACCACUGCAGCGAGAAGGCGAGCUGGCUGGGAAAAACGUCUAUUGA